AAACUUAUCCGAAGAGGAUUCAAAAUUAUGUUACCGAUGGACUGGAAAUACCAACUCUUAAUCAUUAUAAUACUUUACUCAGUGAAUAUGAGCACUUCUGUCUUCGAGUUUACAAAUAUCAAAUGCACCUCCCUGGAUAAGAAAUUUGAUAACUUUGAGUACUGCCAUUUGAAGUCUGUGAACCGCACUUUCAAAUACGUAUCAAUUAAAGUAAAUAUGUAUGUGCUUCCUGUUACCAAUGUCAAGGUUAACUUUUCUCUCCUCAAAAAGUUUAGUGGAUACAAGCCGUUUCUAUACAACAUCACUGCGGAUGCCUGCAGAGUGCUGAAGUAUCCAAAGUUCAACCCGGUUGUUGGAUUUUUCUACAGCAUUUUUAGCCAUCACUCCAACAUGAACCAUACUUGUCCCUACAAUCACGAUAUUAUUGUGGACAAGCUGCCUGCCGACUUUGUAAACACGAAAAUUACUAAAACCUUGCCAUUUCCCGUGGGAGAUUAUCUCUUCGAUUCCAAAUGGAUAAUUAAUAAUGUAAAUCGAGCGGAGGUUAAAGUUUAUGGAACUCUAACAAACUCUAACGAACUCUAA